GUAGCUUGGAAAGGUGCUUUAGCCGCAGCCGUGUGCCUAUCUCUGGCUGAACGCGCUUUAGGUAGCGAAGAAUAUUUGUUUUGGAAAGUGGUGGGUAACCUACCUCACACAGCCAUUGUGUAUAACUCUAUGGAUGAUCCGUCACUAAUGUGCGCGACGUCCCUGAGAGUCGCCUUCAACGUGUCAGCAAAGACAGCAACCUAUAUGGUGCACAUGAAAGGUCUCAACGGAACCAAAGAGGAAUACGUACCCUACGAUUAUUCAGCGGCAGUUCCAGAUGACCCCGCCAAGGCCACUGUUGUGAUAGGCAAAGAUGUCAACAAUCCACUUGUUAUUGCGGCUCUCUACACUGACUACAAGACUUGUUUUAUCGGCAUAAUUCCUUCCGACGACACAGAACAGUGCAUGCUUUGGGUGGAAGUCGAAUUCCUCGACCCUGUUCCACAACACUGCAAAGAUGCUUUCAAGAAUGCUUGCGGAGCAGGGUAUACGUUCUACAAGAAGGAAGUUUGCAGCUUCUAAACGUUUGAUAAAUAAUAAUUCAGAAUGCGUUUGUUAAAAACACAGGUGACGUUUUUAUAAGAUAUUUGAACUUAUAAUUGUUUAUGUAACGUCGCAUUUCGCCGAACCUACUAAAGUAUUUGCAGACGUGUUCCAAGACUACUGUGAAAGUACAUGUCUUCCUAUUUGUAUUUUGUUUCGGUGCUCUUUUUAAUAAAUUUGUU